AGCAGGAUGCCUGCUGGGAGAAGCAGGGAUGGAGCCGGGUCAGGAGGCUGCAGGAUGGACUCCCCUCCAGGUCGGGCUCCUCGGUCUGGACUGCUGGCGUGGGUCGUCCUGGCUCUGGUGGCAGGACGGUGCAGUGUGGAGGCGUGCCCCUCUCCCUGCAGCUGCCUGGGGAACACAGUGGACUGUCACGGCCUGGGGAUCCACGCCGUACCCAAAAACAUCCCCCGAGGGACCGAGAGGCUAGAUCUGAACGGAAACAACCUGACUGUGAUCAGCAAGAUGGACUUCACUGGUCUCAAACACCUCAGAGUUCUCCAUCUGAUGGAGAACCAGAUCAGCAUUGUUGAGAGAGGAGCGUUUGAUGACCUGAAGGAGCUGGAGAGACUUCGCCUCAACAAGAACCGACUCAGCCAGCUCCCAGAGCUGCUGUUCCAGAAGAACGAGGCCCUGUCCCGACUAGACGUGAGCGAGAAUUUCCUCCAGGCCAUCCCAAGGCGAGCCUUCAGAGGAGCCGUAGACCUCAAAAACCUUCAGCUGGAUAAAAACCACAUCAGCUGUAUAGAGGAGGGUGCGUUCAGAGCUCUGCGAUCUCUGGAAGUACUCACGCUCAACAACAACAACAUCAGCAGUAUUCCCGUCUCCAGUUUCAACCACAUGCCCAAACUGCGAACCUUCCGUCUUCACUCUAACUCUCUGCGCUGUGACUGUCACCUGGCCUGGCUGUCUCCAUGGUUACGGCAGCGGCCGGCGUUAGGACUCUACACUCAGUGCAGCUCUCCCCCCACUCUGAGGGGCCUCAACCUCGCCGAGCUGCGGAAGAGCGACUUUGCCUGCUCAGGCCACGGUGGCAGCGCCUUCGUUCAGCCGUGCAGCCUGGCGUCCGGGUCCUGUCCUCCCAUGUGCUCCUGCAGCAACAACAUCGUGGACUGUCGGGGGAGGGGCCUCACUGCCAUCCCCGCCCACUUACCUGAGGCCAUGACUGAGAUACGUUUGGAGCAAAAUGGCAUCAAGUCGGUUCCUCCGGGCGCUUUCACCUCCUACAAGAAGCUUCGGCGGAUAGACCUGAGCAACAACCAGAUAUCUGAGAUCGCCCCGGACGCUUUCCACGGCCUCCGAGCUCUCAACUCUCUGGUUCUGUACGGGAAUAAGAUCACGGAGCUGCCCAGUGGAGUGUUUCACGGUCUGUCCUCUCUGGAGCUGCUGCUCCUGAAUGCCAAUAAGAUCCACUGCAUCCGAGCGUCAGUGUUCAAGGAUCUGGAGAAUCUGGCUCUGCUGUCUCUUUAUGACAACAAGAUCCAGAGUCUGGCCAAAGGCACCUUCAGCUCUCUGCACAGCAUCCAGACGCUCCACCUGGCCCAGAACCCGUUCGUGUGUGACUGUAAUGUGAAGUGGCUGGCCGACUUCCUGCGUUCGAACCCCAUCGAGACCAGUGGGGCUCGCUGCGCCAGCCCCCGCCGCCUCGCCAACAAACGCAUCGCACAGAUCAAGAGCAACAAGUUUCGCUGCUCCGCCAAGGAGCAGUACCACAUCCCAGGUACUGAAGACAGGCGUCUGAGCUUCGAGUGUAACAGUAAGCCCGUGUGUCCGGCUAAAUGUCGCUGUGAGGCGAACGUGGUCGACUGCUCCAACCUCAGACUCACCAAGUUCCCUGAACACCUGCCGUCGUCCACCGAAGAGCUGCGUCUCAACAACAACGACCUCUCCGUGCUGGAGGCCACCGGAGCUUUCAAAGGUCUGACGCAGCUGAAGAAAAUAAACUUGAGCAACAACAAGAUCUCAGAGAUCGAGGACGGAGCGUUUGAAGGUGCGUCCUCAGUGAUGGAGCUUCACCUGACAGCCAAUCACCUGGAGUCUGUGAGCGGGAGCAUGUUCAGAGGGAUGGAGGGACUACGCAUGCUGAUGCUGAGGAACAACAAGAUCAGCUGCAUUCACAACGGCAGCUUCACCGGUCUGACCAACGUCCGCCUGCUCUCCCUCUACGACAACCAGCUGAGCACCAUCCUCCCCGGAGCCUUCGACACGCUGCCUAACCUGUCCACGCUGAACCUCCUGGCCAAUCCUUUUAACUGUGAUUGCCGGCUGUCAUGGUUCGGGGCGUGGCUCCGGAGUCGACGAAUCGUGACGGGGAACCCUCGCUGUCAGGGCCCCGCCUUCCUCAGAGAGAUCCCGCUACAGGACGUAGCUGUGCCUGACUUCCGCUGCGAGGACGGUUCAGUUCUGGAUGACAGCAGCUGUGCCCCGGGUCCUCAGUGCCCCUCUCAGUGCUCCUGCAUGGACACGGUGGUCCGCUGCAGCAACAAACACCUGCAGGCUCUGCCCAGAGGACUGCCCCGCAACGUCACCGAGCUGUAUCUGGAUGGAAACCAGUUCAGCAGCGUUCCUAAGGAGCUGGCCACCUUUAAAUACCUGCAGCUGGUAGAUCUGAGCAACAAUAAAAUCAGCUCCCUGUCUGACGACUCCUUCUUCAACAUGAGCCAGCUCACCACCCUGAUCCUCAGCUACAACUCUCUGCGCUGUAUCCCUCCUCUGGCUCUGGGUGGCCUUCGCUCUCUGAGGCUGCUCUCUCUCCAUGGCAACGACAUCUCGGAGCUGCAGCAGGGCAUCUUCAGCGACGUGGCCUCCCUGUCUCACCUAGCGAUCGGGGCCAACCCUCUGUACUGUGACUGUCGGCUCCUGUGGCUCUCAGACUGGGUGAAGAGCGGCUACAAGGAGCCCGGGAUUGCUCGCUGUGCCGGACCGCGUGGCAUGGAGGGAAAACUGCUGCUCACCACUCCUGCUGACAAGUUUCAGUGUCUCAGUCCUGUGGAUGCAUCUGUCCAGGCCAAAUGCAGCCCUUGUGUCUCCUCUCCCUGUCAGAACCAGGGCGUCUGUCAGCUCCACCACACACAACAGUACACCUGUACCUGCAAGUCCGGCUACACGGGUAAACACUGUGAGAGUCCUGUCGAUGCCUGUGUCAGUAAUCCCUGCACAAACGGAGGACUGUGCCUCAGUGACGAACAGACCCGAGGAUUCAGCUGUGCCUGUGCCUUUGGUUUCCACGGUAUGUUCUGUGAAGUCAACAUUGACGACUGCCAGGAACAUGGAUGCGAGAACGGCGCCACCUGUGUGGAUGGAGUGGGCAACUACACCUGCUUGUGUCCUCCAAAUUACACAGGAUUGUUAUGUGAGGAAGAGGAGGACGUGUGUGCUCCAGGUAGAAACCCCUGUCAGCAUCAGUCCACCUGCAUCAGCACUCCUACAGGCCCCAGGUGUGUGUGCAUCCCCGGCUGGGUGGGUCCAGACUGCAGUAUAGAUUAUAAUGAAUGUGCCGACCAUCGCUGUCAGAAUGGAGCUCAGUGUGUCGACCAUCUGGACGGCUACAGCUGCGUCUGUCCACAGGGAUACAGUGGGGAGUUCUGCGAGGCGUCCCUCCCUCCCCCGUCACCCUGCCAGCUGGCUCAGUGUCAGAACGGCGCCCCCUGUGUGGAGAAGUCGGGCUCGGCGGUCUGUCAGUGUCUGUCGGGCUUCGAGGGUCAGAGCUGCGAGAAGCUGGUCAGCGUGAACUUCGUAGACAGAGACUCGUACGUUCAGCUGCAGGACGUGAAGAACUGGCCUCAGGCCAACAUUUUUCUCAGGUGAGGACUUUUUUUAAUUUGUGAUCAUUUUACAACGAGUCCUGUGGAGCUUCAUCAAAAUGUCACGCAAAAAAGCGACCCUGGGAACCAGCCUGCUACUGCCAUCUACAGCGCUGAGACGGUGAACGACGGACAGUUUCACACGGUGGAGCUGGUGACCUUUAACCGGAUGGUGAACCUGUCUGUAGACGGAGGCGAGCCGACGACUCUGGACAGUCAGGGGCGGAGCCAGCAGGUGGCAGGAGACGCCCCUCUGUAUGUCGGAGGUAUGCCUGAGGAGGUGAUGCCCUCCUCUCUGGCUCUCUCCUCUCAGACGCUGAACACGUCCAGUUUCCAUGGCUGCAUCAAAAACCUCUACAUCAACCACGAGCUGCAGGACUUCACCCGCAGCCACAUGAAGCCGGGGGUGGUGCCGGGCUGCCAGGCCUGCCGCAAACUCUACUGUCUGCACGGCGUCUGCCAGCCCAACGCCGCAGAGGGCCCACAGUGUCACUGUCAGCCAGGGUGGGUGGGGCAACACUGUGACCAGCCAAUGACAGCGAGCCUUACUGGAGUGGAGGUUGUAACAGCAGCAGCCGGCGCCAGCCCGUGUGAGGCCAGCAAGUGUGUGAAGGGCGUGUGCGUGGCGUUGGACACUCAGUCGUACCGCUGUGACUGUGAGGAGGGCUACGGAGGAGCGCUGUGUAACCUGAAGGAGCCGGGGAGUUCAUGUCGGGGUCUGCCAUGUUUGCACGGCCGCUGUGAGCAGACUGAGGAUGGAGAGAAGUGUGUCUGUGAGCAGGGAUUCACCGGAGAGAGCUGUGACAUAGAGUCUCCGUGUCAUGGAGAGCCAGUCAGAGAUUACCACCGGCUGCAGCACGGCGCCAUCCUCUGUCAGACGUCCAAACCUUUCUCCUGGGUGGAGUGUCGGGGGCGGUGCCAGGCCGGAACCGAGCCGGGCGUCGCCACCUCCACUUCCUGCUGCGCUCCUCUCAGAGUCCGACGCCGACGGCUCACCUUUGAGUGCGACGACGGGACCUCGUUUACGCAGGACGUGGAGAAACCUGUGGAGUGUGGCUGUAAGGAGUGUAUGUAGCGCCGUGGACGAGCGGUGCACACGCACACACAAAGACACACUCUUCAAAUCCCACACAAAUCCACAGCAAGCUAAAGAGGUACAACACUGUAGGGAUUCUCUCACUGAUAGACGGACAUGUUGGUGUUUGUUUCCUGUGUUCCUGCGCUGCGACGCAGCUUUGUAACAUAAGACAGUCCUUCCCUCUGCAGACAUGAAAUCAACGAGUCAACCUCAUCUUCAUCGUCCUCAUCUUCUUCACCUGCAGCAGGAAAAAGCUGCUCUCUACUACCUAACACCAGCUCGUCUCUUAUACUCGUGUGUUUGAAAGCCUUCUUCUCUGUUUCAUACGUGUGGCUGGUAAAGUGCUGCUCUUCAUUCACUCACAGCUGCAGCAAAGAGCGGCUGUUUUUAGAGGAAAUAAAGGUACUAAUUCAAGCUGACUUAGAUGGUGUUUGAGUCGAGUACGACCUGUAAAAAUGUCUCACUUUUUAUUCUCCAAGU